AUGUUCACGAAUGUCCCGUGGCAUACCCAAAGCGGUGUGCCUCUGUUCGAAAACCGGGGACUGGCUUUUGAGAAGGGAUUCGAACGUAGUACACCGUACGUCUAUGAAGUCUUGGUUGAUGCGAAGCAGCUCCUGAAUCUCGAUUGGAACGCGACAGCUGAGGCUGCUAGAGAUGGCCCUGAUCCCGGAGGUCCAUUUGCGAUGUCGGCGGACUCUCAUGUUGGUCAUCUGCGACUUGAUUAUCAACAAAGAUGCGACAGUACCACGGAGAAUGGUAACCUUGAGCCUUGGAUUUUCAUUCAAGUCUCUCGUCAGAAUUGGGUGGGUGAUGUUCAAUUUGAUCCAGAUAGGCAAGAAGUCUACAAGUAUAACACACAGAGACAGGACUACCCGCUUGGUCCAGAUCGUGCCCCGAAUUUUAGGAUGUUCUUUGUCUCAAGAUUCUCAGAACCAUUCUUACAAAAUGGUGUCACCUCCGGCAAAAACAUCUUUGAGGAUGAAAGCACAAGGCGGGGAAACUUCACCAGUGCCUACGUGAAAUUUCAUCGAAAUACUACCAGGGUGGAGGUUCGGACCGGCGUCUCCUACGUCAGCAUCGAACAGGCAAGGAAAAAUCUAAAUCUUGAGAUCCCUGACAGCGAUUCAUUUGAAAACACCGUCCAGAAAGUGAAGCAGGCCUGGCUUGAGAAAUUGGGCCGUGUGACUAUUGAUGGUGUCAAUGAGACCGACUCGGAUCACGAUCCCCGCCAAAUUUGGUACACUGGCCUUUUUCAUGCACUUCAAUAUCCUAACGACUUCUCCGAGCCCAUGUCAACGGAGAAGGACGCCGACGGGUACUCUACUCAGGAUAUACCGAUAGUGUACACACUUUCAAUGAUUCUUACUAUCAGUCCUGGUCAAUUUGGGAUACCUACCGAGCAGAGCAUUCUCUACUGA